AUGCCGAUAAGAUGGUUUGAUCGUCGCGAUCCGUCUAGUAUUCACAAAGACAACCUUCCCGUUAUUAAUGAGAAGGGAAUGUGCUUGCAGUAUACUGUCGCCUACGAGAAGUUCGUCUGGGAUGUGCGUAGCGAACCGAGAGUCGUCGAAUCCUUCGAGAAGGUGUAUAAUGACAAAGAUCUUAUUGUCUCUUUCGAUGCCGUGAACUUCGGUUUCCCGAAGUAG